UAAGCACAGACUUCAACAUCUUCACCAUCAUCACCUUCCCACAUUUAUUACUGCUUUGUCACAUUCAAGUUCGCCCCCUACUCUCAGCCACCGCUUUGGCUCUUUUGUGCUUGGGAAUCGACUUGUCUCGUUUCCCAGUACAUCAUAGUCAUGGCUGGCAAAACCAUUGUCGUUGUGGGCGCUGGUCCUGUUGGCGCCUUGGCUGCUCUUUUUGCGUCGUCCCGAGGGUAUCAAGUCCAUGUCUACGAACUUCGACCAGACCUCCGAAACGCUGGAACGCAGCCGCUCAACUUCACAAAGUCAAUCAAUCUUGCUUUGUCAGAACGUGGCAUCCACGCACUUCGCUCCACCGGGAACAAUGAGCUUGUUCAAUCAAUCCUGGAACGGACCAUUCCCAUGCAUGGAAGAAUGAUUCACACUCGUUCAGCCACGGGAACCAUUUCUCAGCAGUCCCAGCUCUACGAUGUACACGGUCGCUAUCAGCGCUCCAUUGACCGUGGAGAGAUCAACGACAUUCUGCUGGACCAUCUGGCUUCGCUGCCUAAUGUCAAGCUCUUCUUCCAGCACAAGUUGACCGGGGCGGACUUUCAGAAGAAAAAGGCAUGGUUUGAGAUGAUGGAUAAACCUUCAUCCUCUGGCCGAGCCAGAGAAAUCGAAAUCGACUUUGACCUCAUGAUUGGCGCCGAUGGUGCUCAUUCCGCCACUAGAUUCCACAUGAUGAAGUUUGCUAGAUUGGAUUAUCAGCAGGAAUAUAUCGAUUGCAUGUGGUGCGAGUUCAAAAUGGCCCCCAACGCUUCCGGCGACUUCGCCAUUCAUCCGAAUCGUCUCCAUAUCUGGCCAGCUGGAGCCUUCAUGUUCAUUGCUUUACCAAACCUGGACAAGUCCUUUGUUUGCACCCUCUUUGGCCCGGUUAGUCUUUUCAACAGGCUUGAACAAAGCAGUCAAGAUGAAAUUGUGGCUACAUUCGACAAAUACUUCCCGGGUGUGACUGAUCACAUCCGGCCGGAUGACCUGGUUCAGCAAUUCAGACGAAAUCCGCAUCUCCCUCUGAUCAAUAUCAAGUGCUCUCCUUAUCAUUUCAGCGACUCGGUCGUCAUCGUUGGCGAUGCUGCACACGCAAUGGUGCCUUUCUAUGGUCAGGGAAUGAAUGCCGGCCUUGAAUCUGUCAGAGUCCUUUUUUCCAAGCUCGAUCAGCUGUCUCGCGUCGAUGAAGCGCUUGCCGCUUACACAGAUGAACGCAAAGCCGAUGCUCACGCCAUCGCCGAUCUGGCACUUGCCAAUUACACCGAGAUGAGAUCAUCAGUCACAUCCCCUGUCUAUAAACUGCGAAAGCAGAUCGAAGAAUUUUUGUACCAUUACGCUCCUGGCCUGGGAUGGGCCACCCAAUAUUCUCGCGUCAGUUUCAGUAAUACACGAUACAGCGAGGUCAUUAUCAAGUCACAAUCCCAAAAGCAAAUAUUAACCUGGUUACUCGGCUCAGUAAUCACAGGCGGAACAUAUGCCGCGUUCAAGAUCUUCAGAAAAUUCUUUCGCCAGCACUAGUUCCAUCCAUCUGGCUUCCCGGUCCUCGUAACAUUCCAGUGUGGGCGUCGUGAGGAAAGGAGAGACCAGUCGACCGCUUACAUUGCUGGCAUCGCACCGCGCUCAUCCCAAUAGCCAUACGAAGACUGCAACUCGGACUCAUUGCGACAUUGGGGAUGUUCAUAGUCUUGAGUGGAGCCGAAUGGCCAAACCGGAGUAAAACAAAUCCUUCCCAACUCACAUUGGUCGCAGCGUUUCCAUAUGGUCCAGUCCAAAUAGGUGAUGAGUGACUGUAUGUCAGCCACAGCCUGAGCGACAUCGACACGGGUGCUGAAGGCACGGAGGAGUGUGGAACAGAUCCUGGUCGACACCAAACUCAAGGCACGACCGGCAAUCGAGCUCGGUUUGACUUGCCCGCCUGGCAUGUUUUGUGCCACACAGCGUGCCACUUCGGCGUCAAAAUCUCGUGCAUCAGAGUCAAUGAAAUUAGCGAGCAGCCUGUCGAGCUCCUUGAGAAAAUGAGUUCGGUCCACAAUUCUCCCAGAUGUCAAGUAUUUCAGCUCGGUCGCAUAUCUUGCCACGAUCAUGUCUGCGACACUUUGCCAAUCUGUAAACUGUCCCGCACUCAAAUCCUCCGUGCUGUCCCAGUCAUUCACCACCUUGUCCAGCUCACAACGAAGAGUGUUUAGAUCUUGAUCUGAGGUGCUAGUCAGUCGGGGCAAAUGAGCGUCUGGAAGAAAUAGAUCCAUGUCAUGGCUGAAGGCCGUGACGAAGUUGUUGUAGUCUAGAGUAACACGGUGGCCACCGAUGCCGUCGUAGCGUGAGGCCACGGCAUGGAUCCAAUUCCAUAUGGACCUUGAUGGUGUAUAGUCUUUGGAUAGUGCUGACCCUGCUCGGGUGGCCGUCUGGAAAUCGAGAGAUUGGUCGAAGGAGCACAUGAUGAUCUCAAAUCCAGCUUCCAUGCGGAUGAAGCCCUUGAUUUUGCCUCCCCAACGCUCUUUGGACAGCUUGCACAGACCACUAGCACGCUCAUACUCCCAAAAUCGGUCAUCAUCUGCAUCAGUGCGAUUAAGAAGAAGGAUGUCUUGAACGUCAAGUGUUCCUUUGGAUGUCUUUCCUGCCGACAUGCCGUCGAUAUACAGUAAGGGGG